AUGUUGUGUGAGUCUAAGGGCUGUGUGACUGAGGUGCUCCGCUCCUUUCACGGCUACUUCAACCGCCAGAGCCAGACAGGAAUCAUUUCCCUCUAUGACUGUAUUUUUAAGAGGGACCUAGGAUAUAAUCAGAAAUUGCACCGAGAUGACAGAGAACAUGCGAAGAGCCUGGGACUUCAUGUUAACGAGGAGGAGCAGGAGAGGCCCGUCGGGGUGCUGAUGUCAUCUGUCUACGGCAAGCGCAUCCACCAGCCAGUGGAGCCUCUGAACCUGGAGCACGGCCGUGCCAACCAUUUGAAGGCCGACUUCUACAGGAAGAAUGAGAUCCCCAGCUUCAAGGAUCCUGGCUUUGGGUACAUUUCUCCAGUGUGACAGUUCUCCUGUGAAAUUAUUUCAGAUGAAAUGACGCUGGGGACUGACCCACUGGGAGCACCUGAAUAAAAUGAAAACUUGGCUCUUA